UUGGAAUACUUCUCGUGAACUCAGGCUUCACCUUUCCCAGAAGCCACACCCAGUUGUUUAGCGUCAGCUGACAGCUGUCAAAACUAUUGAGCAAACGCUUCUGGUCUUAUUGACACAAGUCAAGGAAACAGAGCAUGUUUGUCAAAAAUGUGUCGGAUAAAGGACUUUAAUCUGGAAUAUACAGCUCCCAACAGAGAGAACAUAUUUUCUGAAGGAGAUACUAUCGAAGGUACAGUCACUUUCACUUUGACGAAAGACACCAAAAUAAAGAGCAUGAUGGUGAAAGCCAAAGGGGACGCGGACGUGCGCUGGACAGAGGGCAACGGAGAGGACGACAAAAUUUACAGUGAUCACAGGAGAUACUUCUUACUCGAAGAGUACUUAGUUGAGAAAAAUCUUAAAGGCACUGUACUUCCCAGAGGAAUCCAUCGCUUUAAGUUCAGGUUUCAAAUCCCAAAGAGGGACAUGCCACCAUCCUUUAAAGGGACUCAUGGAAAUAUUGCAUAUAUGCUUGAAGCAAAAAUAUCCAGGCGCUGGCAUUUUUCUACUGUGUUACAAAAAGAGUUCAAAUUCUUUUCAAAGUCCUUUUUACAUCCGCGCCUCUCUGUUCCUCAGUCUGGUUCAGUGGGUAAAAAGAUGGGAGGGUUUUCCAAAGGAGAGGUCCAAAUGUCUGCUACUGUUAACACAAAGGUUUGCUCUCAAGGUGACACCUUAUCUAUUGAUGCCAAAAUCUGCAACUCUUCUUCCAAAAAAAUGAGGCUCAAAUUCAGUUUGGUGCAGAGGACAGAAUUCCGUGACAGUGGCUCCACCGCCAUCAGUAACAAAAGUGUGUUCGAAAAAGUUGGAGAAACUAUUAGAAAGUACUCGGAGGAAACUGUCUCCUGCCAAAUGAAGAUUCCUGUUGAUGACAUCUUCACUAUCCACAAUUGUGAUAUCAUCUCAGUUGACUAUUACCUCAAGGUGUAUCUGGACAUCGGUUCUGCCUCUAAUCCAGGGGUGGAGUUUCCACUGAUCAUCGUCCCUUCUGGCUCUGUUAACCUUCAGUCUGGUGAGUCAGUGGGGCCUUACCCAGCUGGAGCUGUUGGGGGCCAGUGAUGUCCCUCCCCCUGCCUUCCCAGCUGGAGCUUACCCUGCAUCCUCUCUGCUUCAUCUUCAGUGCAAAAAUCAAAAACCAACUGCUCCACCUUUGUUUGAACAGGGAGAAGCACCUCUGUUUUAUAU